AUGUUAGGAAUUGGAUUCCAAGGCAAUGACAACAGAUACCUUUCUGAUGUGGCAGAAGUAGUAUCUGCACACGGGCUCGUGUCUAUUACAAUCGAUGGCCAUGGUGUACGCGACCCACCAGGACCUACCGGCUUGCCCUAUGUCGGAAAUUACUUCGAAGUUUACCCGGAUCAUCUUGGCAACCAUCAACGGCUUUUCGAGCAAUUCGGACGAUUUAUCAAAACGACGAACAUGGGGCGAACCAUCUACCAUACCAACGAUCCGGAAAUCUCCGCAAUUGUGUUUACCGAGUCUGAUUUCUUUACCAAGAAGAUCAAUGAAGCGCAUCCACUUGCUGCCCUCAAGCAGCCAGAGGCUGGUGUUUUCCUCGGGGAUACUGAUACGCCUGAGUGGAAGGUUGCUCAUAAAUUCCUGCCACCUGCCUUGGGGCCGAAAGCCGUUCGCCACUAUGCUCCAACAAUGCAAAAGACUGUUGAAGAUGCCUUUCAAGUCUUCGAUGCCUUCGAUGAACAGGAUGAAUCUUGGAAUGUUUACCAUUACAUGCUAAAGCUUGGCUCACAAGCUGUGGGAAAAUUGACCCUGGGACUGGAUUUUCAGCAUUUCGAAGCCACGGAUGCUCCUUUGCACGAGAUGGUCCACUCUAUCGCCGAAAUCCUGACCCUCAACAAAAAGGUCACCUCUAAAGGGGACUGGUAUGGGCGUUUGCCGUUUGGUGACCCCCAAAGACUGCGGCGCAUUAAAGCUCGCGUAGAGGCCAUGGUGGAGCAAUCGAUUGAGCAGGCUACACGCGGUGGUGUUGCAGACCUUCCCCUCCAAGAUGCUGCACUAAAAGCCUCGAAUAUGGUUGAUUAUGCAAUCCGUGCCACUGAUAAUAAGGGAGAAAAAUUGCCGAAGUCUAGUCUGGUGUGGGCACUCGUGGUUGCGACUGGGGCGGGUUUCACAACGACCAGCUCCCUUCUCUCAUGGUUGAUCUAUGGCCUUGUUACCUAUCCGGGCAUGCAGGAAAAGCUGCUGCAAGAGCUGAUCGACAACGAUAUCGACGACAACACAGAAAUCACCGCUGAUGUCACUGAUCGUCUGGAUUUUCUCGAUAAAUACAUCAAGGAAACGCAGCGUCGGCACAAUCCUUCAUUUCAGCCUGGUCGAACGGCCAAAAUCGACAUGAUCCUCCCAGGUGGUUACAGGUUGCCAAAAGACGCUGUGGUCAUCCCUGCUUUGCAUCAUAUCCAUAACAACCCUGCACUUUGGGAUAAUCCCCAGAGAUUCAAUCCCGAUAGAUGGGACACCGAUGAAGUGAAGUUCAGACACAAAGCUGCAUACAUCCCAUUUGCAACUGGGCAACGGAUGUGCAUUGGCUUCAAUUUUGCUUUGCAAGAGAUCAAGGUUUUCCUUCCCAAACUCAUUUAUCGAUACAAAUUCAGCCGCGAAGGGGACGGACCUAUUGAGUACGAUCCGAUGUUCCAGCUCAUUCGACCGAACAAUCUUUAUGUUCGGGCUGAGAGGCGAGUCAAAUGGCCUCCAAAGACGGAGAAGUAUGAGGCCACGGAGUGA